AUGUCCAACUAUGAGCGGAGUCCGGCCGCCAACGGCUCGUCACACGUCAAGGCUGUAGAUGACCACCAUCACAGUCGUCCGGAGCCUCUUCAGGCCCCCCUUCGGCAACAACUGCCUUCUCUGAGCAGCCUGUUUGGACCUCCAUCAUCCAUUCGCCCGUUGCAUUCGCCCAUUUCUGACAGGCCGUCGCACUACCCGGCCACCUCGCCCCUGGAUCGUCCUCGUGUGUCUUCGGCUCAUGGCGACAGGCCAUAUCAGACAUCUUACUUCCCCUCCGCCGGCUCUCCCUCCAUCUCACAACCUCGCACCACAUACGACGCUAGAUAUGACCAAGAACGGGCGUCAUUGCACGCACUGACCCGGUCGCUGUCGGGCUCCGACUCUUCCAGGUCCAAGGAGACGGAUCAUCGAACGCAUGAUGCGCGAACUGACAGCGGACUCAGCGGCAGGUGGUCGAUUCAUCAAGAGGCUGCGAGGCACGAAUACUCCUUGGGUAGCAGGGAAAGCCACGGCGCGCUGAGAUCGCCGCACGACCGCGCGCCGUUCCACUUCACCGGGGUCAAGGACUACGGAUCGAGUCUUCACGACCAGCGCCCGGCUCCGGUGCCGGCGCUGGCUCAACCGACUGUGGCCGCCAGCACUGUCACAUCCGAGGGGCUUCCGUCCAAGGAUGGUCUAGGACCCAAGAUCUGGACCGGCACGCAUUUCCUCCCACGUUUUGUGCGGGCUGCUGAGGUGCCAGGCGAAGGACCGUGCUACUUCUACGACGAUGGAAGCCAUUGCAAGACGGUGAUUGACGGCGAGGCCGUCAACCCGCACUGGGGACCAAGGGGAGGGCACAACACAUCACCGUCAACACCACCAGCUGAGCCGGAAGACUUGCGCCGCCACCCGCAUAGCGCAAGUGAGCUCGUUCGGCCCGGAAGCAACUCGAGCGCCUCGGUGUCGCCACGCACGACGAUUCGUCAGGCCAGUCCCGAGCCUCCCAUGUCGCACAAGCGCAUGCGCCUGGGCUUUGAUAGCUACUCUUCCACGGCCGCGGAUGCACCACCCAUGGCUCACACUCCGGACACUGGCAAGUCGAACGCAUCAUGGCAGCACCGGCCGGUUAUUGAGCUGCCUCGGAUUCAUGAAGAGUUGCUCAACAGGACGUGGCAGCCUGAACCGUACGCAUCCGAGCAUCGAAUUCGCCACUAG